UGAUCCAGGAGUAACACUCUCUGCCACUAGGCUUUGAGGGGACAGGCGUGAGUGAAUGAAAAGCUAGCUACUGUCUGAAUUUGUGGCUGUUAUAUUGGCUGUCCGAGUUCAUUUAUCGUUAAUAUCUUGAAAGGACAUGCCACCCAAAGGAAAAGGUGGUAAGGGUGGGAAAGGAGGUGGCGGAGGAGGUGGUGCGUCUGGCAGUGGCGACUCAGACAAGAAAGAGAAAGCCCAGAAAGGAGGCACAGCUGUCAAGGUCCGUCACAUCCUUUGUGAAAAACAUGGAAAGUGCAUGGAAGCCAUGGAGAAAAUCAAAUCCGGAGUGCGCUUCAGCGAAGUUGCUACACAAUACAGCGAAGACAAAGCCAGACAAGGGGGUGACCUGGGCUGGAUGACCAGAGGCUCGAUGGUGGGCCCUUUCCAGGAGGCUGCCUUCGCCUUGCCCACCAGCACCAUGGACAAACCCGUCUACACAGACCCGCCCGUCAAGACGAAAUUUGGUUAUCACAUCAUCAUGGUCGAGGGAAAAAAAUAGACGACCAGCCAACGCUGACUGUGCGUGUGUACAGUACAAUUGGACCAUAAUGCUCCCACAGCUCGCUCUAACAGUGGCCCAUUGUUGAGCAUUUUUAAUUUGCAUCUGAUUUGCAAAUUGACAGUUUUUUUUCUUCAAGGUGGUUUAGAAGCAAGAUUUUUUUCCCCACACAUGCUCUCUAACAGCAAGUACAUACAAGCAUUCGUAAAAUUCUUUCAUGGAUUAUAGGAAGUAGGUGAUUUCACAUCUAUUGCUGCAUAUGCAAUCUUCACUUCUGUCAGUUUUAUUAAAUAUUUCACAUACAUUAAAAUUGAUUGAUUUAUAUUG